AUGGGAAAUACAGAGUCAAUGUAUGAAUCUGAAGAUAAUUUUUACCAGCAUCCCCCUUAUUAUGCUGGGAGUUCAGUGAACAAUACCUAUCGUCAGCCGUCUCCAUAUACUGGGAAUUUGGAGAAUACUACCAAUCAUGAAUCAUCUUCUUAUGCUGGGGAUUAUUCUAAUGCUACCUAUCAUCAAUCCUCUACUUAUGCUCGGAGCUCAGCGAACACUCGGCAUAAAAAAAGGCAGCAACCCACAUAUAUAGCUGAUCAUUUCAGCUCACUGGAUCAGGUUGUUUCUGCUCUUAGAGAAGCUGGUUUGGAAUCUUCAAAUUUAAUACUUGGUAUUGACUUCACCAAAAGCAAUGAGUGGACAGGCAAGCACUCGUUCCAUCGAAAAAGCCUUCAUCGUAUCGGAAUCAAUCCUAAUCCAUAUGAGCAAGCUAUCUCCAUCAUUGGUCGUACUCUGUCUUCCUUUGAUGAAGACAAUCUGAUACCAUGUUUUGGAUUUGGUGAUGCUUCUACACGUGAUAAGAAUGUGUUCAGUUUUUAUCAAGAUAAUAGAUUUUGUCAUGGUUUUGAGGAAGUACUUGCACGCUACAGAGAGAUUGUUCCAUACUUAAAGCUGUCAGGUCCAACAUCGUUUGCCCCUGUAAUCGAUGCAGCAAUUGACAUCGUGGAAAGAAACAACGGUCAAUAUCAUGUUCUUGUCAUUAUUGCUGAUGGACAGGUUACCAGAAAUCCAGAUACACCACACGGAAAGCUUAGUCCACAAGAACAAGCAACCAUUAGUUCCAUCAUUGCUGCAAGUCACCAUCCUCUCUCAAUUAUUUUGGUCGGCGUUGGAGAUGGGCCAUGGGAUGAGAUGAAGCAUUUUGAUGAUAACAUUACUGAGCGCGUAUUUGACAACUUUCAGUUUGUGAACUUCACGAAAAUCAUGUCCGAGAACACAGAAGAAUCAAAGAAGGAAGCAGUGUUUGCACUUGCUGCCCUUAUGGAAAUUCCAUUUCAGUACCGGGCUGCCCAAAAUAUACAACUUACUGAUAGAGAAUCAGUUCUUCAUCAACAUAGAAGGCCGCUCCCUCCACCUAAUGAAGUAAUUGAUCAUGAUAAUGCACGCAUGGCAAUCCCGCACAAGACAAAUUUGGAAUCAGUUGAACCAUCAACUCCAGCUGGUAUCGAACCAGUAUGCCCCAUUUGUCUUACCAACCCGAAGGACAUGGCUUUUGGAUGUGGUCACACAACUUGCAAGGAGUGUGGCUCGACGUUAUCUUCAUGCCCAAUGUGCCGGAAGCCAAUUACAACUCGUCUGAGAUUGUACACUUGA